AUGAUAAUUGAUAAUUCAAAGGUGAAUAUUGGUCAUGUCAAGACAUACAGAAUGGUGAAGGAAUAUGUUGGUGGGUAUGAGAAUAUAGGCGCUAGUAGGAAUGACUUCAAAAAAUUUCAUAGAGAUUUGAAGGCGUAUAUUGAAGGAUCAUAUAAUAUGGUAUUUGGUCCAUUCACGGGAGUCGAUCACCACAAGAAAUGUGUCACUUUUGCUGCUGGUUUUAUUGCAAAGGAAGAUGUUGCUUCAUUCGAAUGGCUAUUUAGAACAUUUGUUAAGGCAAUGGGUGGUAGGGAGCCCAAUUGUUUAAUUACGGAUCAAGAUCCAGCUAUGAAAAUUGCUGUAAAUUCUGUUUUCCAACAAUGUGAGCACAGAUUUUGUAUGUGGCACAUAAUGAAAAAGCUGCCUGAUAAAGUUGGAAGGAAUAUCAUUCAGGAUACUGAAUUUUUGAAGGAACUCAGUAAGUGUGUUUGGAAUUUAGAAAUUGAGGCACCUGAAUUUGAAGAGAAGUGGAACAAUGUUCUUGUUGAGUUUAAAUUACAAGAUCAUGAUUGGUUGAAUUUGAUGUUUGAGAUGAGAGCUAUGUGGAUUCCAGCGUAUUUUAGAGAUGUCUUUAUGGGUGGUAUUAUGAGAACUACCUCAAGGUCAGAGAGUGAGAAUAAUUUUUUUACAUCCGUUGUAAAUCCUCACGUGUUUCUUGUGGAGUUUUUCAUGAGGUAUGAAACUACGUUGGAUGCACAGAGACAUUGUCAGGCAGAGAAUGACAAUGAAUCACAGGAGAAAUUCCCUCAAUGUAAGACAGAAUUGUUGAUUGAGAGGCAUGGUUCUGAGGAAGAUGGUAUUGAUGUAGAAAUUGUUACUGAGGAAAAUAGGAGAAGGAAAUUUAAAGUUUUGUUUGAGUGCUUUAGUCAUGACACUACCUGCUCUUGUAAGAAGUUUUAUAGGAUAGGAAUCCCAUGCAGACAUAUGAUAUGGAUGUGGAAGGCAAAGAAUUUAAAAAGCAUUCCAAAGCAAUAUAUCUUAGAUCGUUGGACAAUAAAUGCUACUCAGAAACCAGUGUUAGAUAUAAGUUGUUUAGACACCGAAGAUGAUAGGCGGGUGGUUAUAAAUGAAAUGUGGUCGGAGAUAUUUUCUUGUGUGAGUUGGGUUAAAGGUCAUGAGGAGGACUUUAUUAAGAAUAUUCGAGAGUUCAAGAAUAAAAUUGAAGCGACAAAAAAUGUUACUUUGGAAGAUACUCAGAAUGUAAGAUCUAGUGAACAUGAUAUUGAGAUGUUAAUAGGAUGUAGCAUUCCUGAUGAAAUACUUGUUCAGCCUCCUAAAGUGUCGAAGAAUAAAGGUACAGGUGUUCACGAUGGCUCUGGAACUAGUGGGUCUAAAAGAUUAAAGGGUGCCAAAGAAAUAGCGGUUGAACAAUCUAAAAAGAAAACGAAGAGGAAAUGCAGUGGCUGUGGCGAGCUAGCAUAUCAUGAUAUUCGGAAUUGUCCUCACAAAGCAUGA